UUGGCGGCCGUUUGUUGUUGAAACAUAUAGGAAGUUUUGCUUGAUGCGGCUAUUGCAGUUUUCUGUUUCGGUACAGGGUUGAAAACCCCUCUACUCGCAAGAUGGGCUACCUUAAAUACAUUGAAGUAGAGAACUUCAAGUCAUACCGGGGUCGGCAAAUUAUCGGCCCCCUGAAACCUUUUACCGCCAUUAUUGGCCCAAACGGUUCGGGCAAAAGUAAUUUUAUGGACGCAAUAAGUUUCGUGCUUGGAGAGAAACAGAAACAGCUUCGUGUAAAAAGGUUUUCGGAUCUCAUUCACGGAGCACCAAUUGGCCAACCGGUAGCAUCCAGGGCUCAUGUAAAAGCCGUCUACGAACAUGAUGACGGGUCUGAUCUACAGUUUACACGCAUGGUGACUGGUUCUACGUCAGAAUAUCUGAUCAAUGGAGUCGCCUGCUCGGCGGAACACUAUCUUCAAAAGCUUGAAAUUCUGGGAAUUAAUGUUAAGGCCAAGAACUUUCUAGUGUUUCAGGGUGCUGUUGAGAGCAUUGCGAUGAAAAAUCCAAAAGAGCGUACAGUUCUUUUUGAAGAAAUUAGCCGAUCAGGCGAUCACAAAGCGGAGUACGAACGUUGUAAAAAGGAGAUGAUUUCAGCAGAAGAAGAGACUCAGUGUACCUAUCAAAAAAAGAAAGGAAUUGCUGCAGAGCGAAAGGAAGCCCAGAUUGAGAAGCAAGAGGCUGAAAAAUAUCAAAAGCUUAAGGAGGAUGUAGGCACAAAGCAAGUGAAUCUUCAUCUCUUCCGACUCUUUCACCAAGAACGCGAAAGUCGAGAAUGCGAAGAGGAGUUACAAAAAAAGAACGUUCAGUUAGCCGAAGUUAACCGAAGGAAGGACAAAAUUGAAGCAGAACUUAAAGAAAAAAAGAAAGAUGUUGGCAAAGCGCAAAGAGAACUAGCGAAGGUUGAACAGACUCACCGUGAUGCUGAUGUCGAAUUAAAUAAAAGGAAGCCAGCUUAUAUAAAAGCAAAAGAAAAGACUGCACACAUGCAGAAGAAACUUGAUGCGGCGAAGAAAUCUCUUGAGGCCGCAACAAAAACUCAUAAAAGCCACCAAGGCGAAAUUGAAGAGCUAGAGCAUGAACUUUCUCAAGUAGAAAAGAAGAUCGAGGCGUACGAGCAGGAAAGUAUUGAAACGGCGGCCCGAAAGGGUCGCGACGUAUCAUUGGAAGAGAGUCAGGUCAAGGAAUAUAAUCGGUUAAAGGAGAAAGCCGGUAAAAUGGCUUCAGCCGCACUGCAAGAGUACGAUUCGGUAGCGAGAGAGCAAAAAACAGAUCAAGACCAUCUAGACAAUGAAUUGCGUAAAAGAAACGAGUGUGAGGCGAAGUUGAAACAAAAGAAAGCUGAGCUUGAAGAGAAUCAGCGGCGAAUUAACAAGCUUGUCGACUACAUUAAGACCAGCGAAAAUUCACUGCAAGAUCUCAAGGAGGAAGAAAAGAAGCUUCGUGUAGAAGUUGUCGAGGCAAAGAAGAGGCACCAGGAACUAACACAAAAAUUUGAAGACGUUUGUGCUUCGCUGGGAGACGCUAAAGUAGAUAAACAUGAGGACGCUCGACGCAAAAGGAAGUCAGAAAUUGUAGAGCAUUUCAAAAAAUUGUAUCCUGGUGUACAUGACCGACUUGUUAAUUUAUGCCACCCGAUUCACAAGAAAUAUAACGUUGCACUAACUAAGGUGUUAGGACGAAAUAUGGAGGCCAUUGUCGUUGAUACUGAAAAGACUGGGCGAGCGUGCAUCCAAUAUCUCAAAGAACAAAUGCUUGAGGCUGAAACUUUUCUACCUCUGGAUUACAUCGAUUUCAAACCUCUUAAAGAACGUCUUAGAGAAUUUAAAGACGUACCUAACGUUAAACUGCUGUACGACGUGCUGAAAUACGAGCCAUUAAGCAUCAAGAAAGCUGUUCUUUAUGCAACAAAUAAUGCACUAGUGUGUGAGACAGCCGAAGAUGCAGCCAAAGUGGCUUUCCAGUCUCCGGACGGAAAACGAUAUGAUGCCGUAGCACUUGAUGGAACCUAUUAUCAAAAAAACGGGUUCAUAUCGGGAGGUAGCUCCGACCUAGCCAAGAGGGCUAAGCGUUGGGAUGACAAGGAUUUCCAUAAAUUGAAGGAUCAAAAAGAAAAGCUGCAAGAAGAUCUUCGUGAGGCAAUGAAAACUGCGCGAAAAGAGAGUGACCUAACAACAAUCGAGUCCCAGAUCAAAGGUCUUGAAACUCGGAUCAAGUACUCAAAAACAGAUAAAGAUAAUACCGAGAAAAAAGUAACAAAUUCUCUACGAAGUGAAAUAGAAAAGCUCGAGAAGGAUUAUGCCACAUUUGAGCCUAGAGUGAAGCAGCUUGAGCAAAGUAUGCGUGAACGGGAAGGCCGCAUUAAUGAAAUAAAAGCCCGCCAGAAUACCGUUGAGGAUGAUGUAUUUCGCGAUUUUUGUGAGCAGAUUGGGGUGGCGAAUAUUCGUGAGUAUGAGGAGAGGGAGUUACACGCUAGCCAGGAAAGAGAGAAACAACGUGCAGAGCUUGAAAACCAAAAGAACAGAAUUGCUUCUCACCUUGAGUACGAACGUACUAAGGACACAUUGGCUUUGGUAAAUAAAUGGACUGGAACCGUAGAACAGGAUCAACAGGAACUGGGUCGACUGAAAGAAAUAGAACAGAAGCAAAAAGAGCUGAUUGAGCAACAAAUGGAAGCCAUCUCGACACUUAAAAAUGAGCGGCAGUCGAAAAAGAUUAGAGUGGAUGAAAUUGAUGAGGAGGUAGCAGAAAUACGUAAGAGACUGACUGCACAACAAAAAGAGGUUACUGGCGUGCAAAAAACUGUCACACAAGCAGAGGCCAAACUCGAGCAGAAGCGAAGCGAACGACAUACACUUCUUCAAAGCUGUAAGCUCGAAGGGAUACGUAUUCCCCUGAUUCGGGGAUCAAUGGAAGAUAUCGUCCUGCAGGAAGACGGCGAAGAAGGCCAGGGAAAUCAGAAUUUAAGUCAAGGAACGAAUGUCAUGUCACAAAUGUAUGCUAGAGAGGCUGCAAUGGAAAUCGAUUAUAAUCAAUUGUCCGAGGAGCAACAAGAGGUUGACACACCGGAAGAAGUGCGGAAGAUUACCGCGCGAAUGGAAAAAGAAAUAAACGACAUGACAAAUAUGCUGCAACGUAUUCAGGCUCCUAAUUUCAAGGCCAUGGAAAAACUCGACAGCGUGAAAGAGAGGUUGAAAGAUACUGAUACUGAGUUCGAACAUGCUCGCAAGAAGGUGCGCAAGGCCAAGUCUAACUUCGAGUUGGUAAAGAGAGAACGCUUUCAAAAGUUUAACACAUGCUUUGAGCACGUGUCAAACUGUAUCGACGAAAUUUAUAAGUCGCUUACAAACAACCCUUCGGCGCAAGCUUUUCUUGGACCCGAGAAUCCCGAAGAACCAUAUCUUGAAGGAAUUAAUUAUAACUGCGUGGCUCCCGGAAAGCGAUUUCAACCUAUGUCAAAUCUGUCAGGUGGGGAAAAAACCGUAGCUGCUUUAGCUCUGCUCUUCGCCAUCCAUUCGUAUCAGCCAGCGCCUUUCUUCGUCCUUGACGAAAUUGACGCUGCUCUUGAUAAUACCAAUAUUGGAAAGGUGGCACGGUUCAUUCGUGAGAAGACACAGACUUCAUUUCAAUGCAUUGUGAUCUCUCUCAAGGAAGAAUUUUAUGGCCACGCGGAUUGUCUAGUGGGCAUUUGUCCAGAUCCGGGCGAGUGCACCAUUUCGCGGAUCUACACAAUUGAUUUAUCUGAACACGAGGAUACAUUCGUAUAAGUUAAUACAUGGUUUACUCUUCUUUUAGUUGCACAUGCGCAAUGUAUUCGAAAAAAAUCCUUCGUAUGGAGCCCUUACUCCUGAAUAUUGACAGUACCUCUUUUGCGUCUUCUCAUUGUCUCCCCAAUUUCAAAUAUAUGAAAAUACAUGUACACCAAAAAACGUAACUGCAAACACAUUAGACGCAAAAUUAAGGAAAAAAAUAUAUUCACGCAUACUAUUAAAUAGUUUAGGUGAAAUUAAUCAUUUUUAUUAUUUGAAAAUGUGGCUUUUAUUGCGUCUAGGGUUGCCCUAUGAAAAGAAUCUUUGUACGAAGGUCAAAUUCUAAAGACCAGACUUUAUUACUGAAGUAUUCGCCUGGUAGUGUGAUUUUCACCUACUGAACUGUGACCGUUGCAUGCAUGGGCCUCGGGUCGGGACUGAUUCUAAUAUCACUUCAAAGCAAUUAAAGGAAGUAUUUCUUGGUAAAUGUACAUAUAUAAUUAAGCAUGUAGUUGGUGUACUUCCGUCAUAUAUGUAUGAGUAUAUAUAUUGCCUUUUUAACAUGCAGAGUCGUUUAUUACGUUCGAUAAAACACAAUGUGAGCUAUGAACGAGA